AUGUCAGUGGUGGGGUUUGAUGUGGGAUUUCAGAGCUGUUACGUUGCCGUGGCCAGAGCCGGCGGAAUAGAGACCAUAGCGAAUGAGUACAGCGACAGAUGUACACCGGCAUUCGUGUCUUUUGGACCUCGAAAUCGAGCAAUAGGUGCAGCUGCCAAGAGCCAGGUGGUUACAAACUGCAAGAACACUGUGCAAGGCUUUAAGCGAUUCCAUGGCAGGGCAUUCUCUGACCCAUAUGUUCAGUCAGCAAAGUCAAGCUUGGUCUAUGACCUCGCUCAGAUGCCCACGGGGACUACUGGCAUCAAGGUCAUGUACAUGGAGGAGGAGAAAGUGUUCAGUAUUGAGCAAGUCACCGCCAUGCUGCUCACCAAACUAAAAGAGACAGCUGAGGCUGCACUCAAAAAACCAGUGGCAGACUGCGUAAUUUCUGUUCCCAGCUUCUUCACAGAUGCGGAGAGAAGAUCAGUUAUGGAUGCUGCACAGAUUGCAGGCCUCAACUGCCUGCGACUCAUGAAUGAGACCACUGCAGUUACUCUGGCAUAUGGUAUCUACAAGCAGGACCUGCCAGCUGCUGAGGAGAAGCCUAGGACAGUUGUGUUUGUGGAUGUAGGCCAUGCUGGUUAUCAGGUGUCUGCCUGUGCCUUUAACAAGGGGAAAUUGAAGAUUCUUGCCUCUGCGUUUGACUCUGAGCUUGGUGGCAAAGACUUUGACGAGAUGCUGGUUCAGCACUUCUGUGAUGACUUUGCCAAGAAGUACAAGCUAGAUGUGCGCUCAAAGCCCCGUGCGCUGGUGCGCCUAUACCAGGAGUGUGAAAAGCUGAAAAAGCUCAUGAGUGCAAACUCCUCAGAUCUACCGCUCAAUAUUGAGUGCUUCAUGAACGACAUCGACGUCAGCAGUAAACUCAAUAGAGGCCAGUUUGAGGAGAUGUGUGCGGGGCUGCUGGCCAAAGUGGAGGGUCCCCUACGCAGUGUCAUGGAACAGGCCAAGCUAAAGAAAGAGGAUAUCUAUGCAGUAGAGAUCAUAGGCGGUGCCUCCAGGAUUCCUGCCAUUAAAGAGCGAAUCAGCAAAUUCUUUGGGAAGGAGCUUAGUAUGACACUGAAUGCGGAUGAAGCAGUGGCCAGAGGCUGUGCACUACAGUGCGCAAUCCUGUCACCUGCCUUCAAAGUGCGUGAAUUUUCCAUCACAGACGUGGUUCCCUACCCCAUCUCGCUUAAAUGGAACUCAGCAGCCGAGGAAGGAUUGAGUGAUUGUGAGGUGUUCCCAAAGAACCAUCAGGCACCCUUCUCUAAAGUGUUGACUUUCUACCGUAAGGAGCCCUUCUCCUUGGAAGCCUACUACAACAAUCCAAAGGAGCUGCCAUAUCCAGAUCCCACUAUAGGUCAGUUCAUGAUCCAGAAAGUGGUGCCGCAGGCAUCAGGUGAAAGUUCUAAAGUGAAGGUGAAAGUGCGGGUCAACAUCCACGGUGUCUUCAGUGUGUCCAGCGCCUCUCUGGUGGAGGUCUUAAAAUCUGCCGAGGGAGAGGAGCCCAUGGAGACUGACACGGCUACCAAAGAUGAAGAGAACAAAAUGCAGGUGGACCAAGAGGACCAGAAGAGCCAGACUGAUGGGCCAAAAGAGAACACAGAUAAAAAAUCUGACACAGAGGACAUGGAGACUUCAGCUGAGGACAACAAACAGGAAAAGAAGACCGACCAGCCUCCACAAGCCAAGAAACCCAAAGUUAAGACAAAGACGGUGGACUUGCCUAUAGAGAACAGCCUACAUUGGCAGCUGGCUAAUGACAUGCUCAAUCUUUUUGUGGAGAAUGAGGGCAAGAUGAUCAUGCAGGAUAAACUGGAGAAGGAGAGGAACGAUGCCAAGAAUGGUGUGGAGGAGUAUGUGUAUGAGAUGAGGGAUAAACUGCAUGGAGCGCUGGAGAAGUUUGUCAGUGAGGCAGAUCGAGAUGCUUUCUCUCUCAAACUUGAGGACACAGAAAACUGGCUGUAUGAAGAAGGAGAGGACCAACAGAAGCAAGUGUACAUUGAUAAAUUGGCAGAGCUGAAGAAACUGGGACAGCCCAUUCAGGAAAGAGCAAUAGAAGCAGAGGAGAGACCAAAAGCUUUCGAGGAUCUUGGGAAGCAAAUUCAGCAGUAUAUGAAGAUUAUAGAAGCUUACAAGGCAAAGGAUGAGCUGUAUGACCAUUUGGAAGAGUUGGAGGUUAUGAAAGUAGAAAAGCAGGUAAACGACACCAUGGCCUGGAUGAACAGCAAAAUGAACCUGCAGAGCAAACAAAGUCUUACAGUGGAGCCGGUGGUCAAAGCUUGUGAGAUUCAAGCCAAAACAAAGGAACUGUAUUCUGCUUGCAACCCCACUGUCUCCAAACCCAAGCCCAAAGUGGAACCACCCCAGGAAGAGAAGGCACCUGAGCAGAAUGGUCCAGUAAACGGACAGGAGGGCUCAGAGGCUCAGCCCAACAGCCCUGAGAAGGACCAGCCUGCACCAGAAUCAGCAGAGGCCAAACUGCCAGAAAUGGACAUUGACUAAUUUUCUUAGUCAAGCCUCUGCUCCCUCCCUGUUCCAACGUUCUCUCAACCCACCUCUCUCAUGCCUCCAAAACAUGACUGAAACAAACUAAAGUUAGCAUCUCAGCCUGAUUGUUCUUUUUUUUUUUUCAUGACACUGUCUGCCUACUCCUGCAAAUACUCUUGAACUUGCCAUGUAUGGCCUGUUUCUUUUGCUUUUGUUUUGCUGUAUAAAAAAAACGAUUGCACUUACCUCCGUUGGGCUGUCUCUUCACAUUAAAGAGAAAAAUUGAGUGGAAGAUGCGAAUUUGGUCUGUAUCGCUGUGAACCAUCAACCCCAGUUGUGGUUCCCAUUUUUGGAAGGUGGAGGGGGCAGCAAAUUAAAAAUUAAACAUAAUGUUAUGUUUUUUUUUUUGUUUUUUUUUUCUUUUGUCUUUUGUUUGAGGAAUCUCUUGGGUUUUAGGAUGUUUCUUCGAAUUUGAUGUCACUUGGGGUUCUUUUCACUCCGAAAAGUCAAAGUGAAGUAUGGAAGCACUGAAGUGGAGUACAGUAGUAGUCGACCAAAAUGAAUAGUAGUUGCAGGCGGUAUUAAAUGUCCACUGUUUGUUUACAGUAGAUGUAUGUUACUGUUAUGCAGUAUUUCAUUGUACAAAGCACAUCACUUUGUGGCUGAGGCUUGCAAGUGUGAUUGCUUUCUGGAAUAUCCCUGGAGUUUUUGUAUUUCUACUCUUCUGGCAGUCUGGAUGGUGGAGACCAAGUUUGGGUUUUUGCUCCACUGACAAAAAAAAAAAAAAGAAGAUAAUAAAUCAUUAAUUUUGGUACACAUAUAUGGGAAUUGUUUGAAAUGCCUGAUACAGCUUUUUUGGAGGCAGAAAUCUACUACAAACCCUGUAAGAGGCAGUACAGUUUCUCUUCUUUUUUUCCAGAGCUUUUCCGUGUGAAAAAGAAAACAGUUGUACAUAGUGGUUUGGUUUGCAGAAUAUUUAUGCUUUCCAUUUAGCUGAGGUGAAAUAAAGGAUUCAGAAGGAUUAUUGA